AUGGCCGACCCCCGCUCAAUCGCAUACACCAAUCAAACCAACCAAAUUCCCUACGAAUCCCACCGUGAAUACACAGUCUCCCGCGGCGCAGACCAUCAACCCCGCAUGCCAGACCCAGGCCACCACAUGCAUCUAGCCGAAAACGCAUCCCGCGGGCCCAGCCCAAUUCUUCCCCCAAUCCGUGACCUGGACUCCAUUCCUGGUCGAGCAAUGAACCCGGCCUCCAGCAGCGGGUAUUCCGAGCGUCCCCCACGCUCCGACCCCUUCGUUGCACAGGAAUACCGCCAGCCUGCGCCGACGGCAGCAAUGUCCGCUGAUCCGCGCGGCGAGCACUUUACCCAGCCCAUCAUGCAUCCCCAGUCGCCGUAUGGACAUCCUGGUAUGGCGUAUGCGGAUGAGCAGAUGUCGCCGCAGAUAAUGGGACACGGGCAGGGAAAUUUCGGCAUCAUGGGGGACCCAAUUGAUCCUAAGACGAAGCGGAGACGGGGGAACCUGCCCAAGCCUGUUACCGAUAUCUUGCGGGCUUGGUUCCAUGAGCAUCUUGAUCACCCUUACCCCAGUGAGGAGGAUAAGCAGAUGUUUAUGACGAGGACGGGGCUUUCGAUUAGUCAGAUUAGUAACUGGUUUAUCAAUGCCCGGAGACGACAGCUUCCUGCGCUGCGGAACCAAAUGCGCAGUGGUGCGGAUACGGAGUCUCAACGACAGUCGCCUUUUAGUGAUGUGGAUGGAUCGGAGCACAUGCCCUCUCCUCGUCACUAG